UUAAAACCAAUUCACUGAGUCGUGCCACGUUUGUUUACAAUUUACACCAGAUAGAAGCGGUUAUUUUAAUGGGAAGAGCAGAACCAUGCAGAAUAAUCACCAGUACACAUUAAUGCAUUAAUGAUCAAAUUCAUAAACUCAAAAUUACAACAGAUUGUGAAAUUUUUUAGUUUCCCGCCCAUUACUAUGAAGAACAUGAAUGAAUCGAGUCGACGCCGGACGAGAAAAGCAUAUGUGCAAGAACCUGUCCUUGAGAAUGAUUGUUUUUACCCCCACAUUCCCUUGUCUGCAAACCUCCUGCAGGACAGCUCGGACGAACAAGAAGGUGCCGUCCACGACGGUUCCCUUAAAGGAGACUACGCAAACAUAGCGCUGUUGAUGUUUUUAUACGUACUGCAGGGAAUCCCACUCGGCUUGGCAGGAAGCAUCCCCAUGCUGCUGUCCAGUCGGAAAGUCAGCUACAAGGAACAGGCUCUGUUCAGUUUCGUCUACUGGCCGUUCAGUAUGAAACUCGUCUGGGCUCCGUUAGUCGAUUCCAUUUACAGUUCGUGCUUUGGGCGGAGGAAGACGUGGCUCGUGCCAACGCAGUAUCUCAUAGGAAUAUUCAUGUUUACCUUGUCGGGUCAUGUCACUGAUGUUCUAGGAGACUCGGACAGCACUGCGGAAGUUAAUAUUUUGUUGUUGACAUGCAUUUUCUUCAUGUUGAAUUUUCUCGCUGCUACACAAGAUAUAGCCGUCGAUGGCUGGGCUCUGACUAUGUUGUCACGGAAAAAUGUUGGAUGGGCCAGCACAUGUAAUUCUGUUGGACAAACGACUGGUUAUUUUCUUGGAAAUGUUGUUUUCCUGGCCCUGGAAUCGGCGGAAUUCUGCAACAAGUAUCUCCGGUUUGAACCUCAGCCUGUGGGGAUUCUUACACUGGCAGGCUUCUUAUAUUUUUGGGGAAUCGUUUUCUUUGUAACCACGACAUUGGUUUGGAUAUUAAAGAAGGAGUCCGAUGACCUUGAUAUGGAUCCUGACCAAGGCAUUGUUAACACGUACAAGACAUUGUACAAGGUCAUGAAGCUUCCUGCCGUGCUGUCAUACUGUGGCAUCCUACUCACCUGUAAGAUUGGGUUUGCGGCUGCCGAUGCACUGACUGGUUUGAAGCUGAUUGAGGCCGGGGUGCGGAAGGAGACGUUGGCGCUGUUUGCCGUUCCCAUGGUUCCCCUUCAGAUUGUCCUCGCGCUCGUUAUCAGCAAAUACACGGCUGGUCCGCGGCCACUCGCAGUGUUUCUGAAGGCCAUGCCAUACAGAGUUCUGCUUGGAAUAAUUUAUGCACUGGGAGUGAACUGGGCAUACAAAGUCCAGGUGGUGCCGGGUGAAUUCCCUUGGUACUUCUAUGCUGUCAUUCUCUGUAUAUACGCUAUCCAUCAGGUGUUUGUUUACAGUAUGUUUGUGGCCACGAUGGCAUUUGCAGCAAAGAUCAGCGACCCAGCCAUUGGGGGAACGUACAUGACCCUUUUGAACACACUCUCCAACUUAGGCGGGAACUGGCCGAGCACUCUCGCUCUGUGGCUUGUUGACAGUCUCACGUGGAAGAGGUGCUCCAGCUCUGGGGACAGUUGUAACAGCCCACCAGAUGUCCAAGCCUGCAAAGCAGCUGGUGGCAGCUGUGUAACGAGCAUUGACGGGUAUUAUAUCGAAUCUGCAUUCUGCGUUGUAGUAGGACUGCUGUGGAUAAAGUGGAAGGCCAACAAACUGCGACAUCUCGACACGUUGGGCUUAAGUGAAUGGACUUGCAGAUGACCAAAACAUUGCACACACAUAAUUUAGUUGUUUAAUAUUUUUCUUUAUUUAAAUGUUUAGUUUUUGUUAUAUUUUUGUAUGUUAUAUGGAAUAUUUUAUGGGCUGAUGAAAAAUGUACAUCACUCUUUAAGCCCACCUCGCACAAUAGUGAUAUUCAAACUGACAGCAUACACAAUCACUUCCAUUGAAUUACCAUUUACAAACGCCCACUAAUGCUGUCACGUUAUUCCAGUCACUCAAAAAGCAGCUUUUUGCGGCUCUAAUGCAUAUAGAAAGUCCAGUUGUAAUGUCAGUGUUAUAAUAUGUUAGGUAUUCUAAGCCCAGUUGUAAUGUCAGUGUUAUAAUGUGUUAGGUAUUCUAAGCCCAGUUGUAAUGUCAGUGUUAUAAUGUGUUAGGUAUUCAAAGCCCAGUUGUAAUGUCAGUGUUAUAAUACAUUAGGUAUUCUAAGCCAAGUUGUAAUUUUCUGUGUUAUAAUAUGUUAGGUAUUCUAAGCCCAGUUGUAAUGUCGGUGUUAUACUAUGUUAGGAUUCUAAGCCCAGUUGUAAUGUCGGUGUUAUAAUACGUUAGGUAUUCUAAGCCAAGUUGUAAUGUCAGUGUUAUAAUAUGUUAGGUAUUCUAAGCUAAGUUGUAAUGUCAGUGUUAUACUAUGUUAGGUAUUCUAAGCCCAGUUGUAAUGUCGGUGUUAUACUAUGUUAGGUAUUCUAAGCCCAGUUGUAAUGUCAGUGUUAUACUAUGUUAGGUAUUCUAAGCCCAGUUGUAAUGUCAGUGUUAUACUAUGUUAGGUAUUCUAAGCCCAGUUGUAAUGUCAACUGUGUGUCAGCUGACUCUGAAGCGUGACGUAUAUUCGCACAGAGCUGUCCUCAUUUCAUCCAACGAAUGUUCUUCCUAACGUUUAUGAACUAUUUGAUUGGUGUUUGUUGUGUCCAUUUGGUUUGACGUGAAGCGAACAAAUUAGUCUAGCGAAUGUUUUGUUUUCGCUUGGUCUGGCUGAACUCAGACUUGGGAUAGACUGCAUGUCUUUCGGCCCUGAACUAGCAUGUGUAUUCAAAUUGACACACAUUGUCGGUCUGUUUUUAUUACUUUGGU